GGUUUCUUCAAUGAAACACACAAAAGAGCACAGGCGAUAGAUAGCCUUAGCUUUACUUUUGUUAGACGGUUGUCUGAUGACGGGUUUGAGGUUUAGCUAAAGGUUUGACUGUUUUUAAAUAAAAAUGUCUUCAUUUUAGCCUCGGAGAGAGUUUAUGAAAGAGCUGUUAACUGAAGAAACAUUCACAGAGUUGAAAGAAAUCAAUGUCAAGAUGGAGGAAGAGAUGGAGGAUCAGCGCGGACUGAUGGACUUCAGCCGGAUACCGAAGAUCAUCUUACACCGAAUAGAUCUCCCACAAUGCUGUAAAGAGGAGGAGGUUCUGAAUGAGCUCAGCAACUCAGAGGAAAAAUCCACUUUGGAUCAAGAGGAACCAGAACCUCUGCAGAUAAAACAGGAACAAGAGGAACCAGAACCUCUGCAGAUAAAACAGGAACAACAGGAACCAGAACCUCUGCAGAUAAAACAGGAACAAGAGGAACCAGAACCUCUGCAGAUAAAACAGGAUCAAGAGGAACCAGAACCUCUGCAGAUAAAACAGGAUCAAGAGGAACCAGAACCUCUGCAGAUAAAACAGGAUCAAGAGGAACCAGAACCUCUGCAGAUAAAACAGGAACAAGAGGAACCAGAACCUCUACAGAUAAAACAGGAACAAGAGGAACCAGAACCUCUACAGAUAAAACGGGGACAAGAGGAACCAGAACCUCUGCAGAUAAAACAGGAACAAGAGGAACCGGAACAUCAAGAGUUCAAAGAGGAAGAGAAGCAACUCUGCAUCAGUCAGGAUGAUGUGCAUGUUGUGCUGAAACAGGAGACUGAUGACAUGUUGGUGAACAAACAGCAGAAAGGCACAACUGAGACUUCAGAACAAGAAACACAAAAAAAAGCUCAACCAAACCAAAAUCUAUAUUUUUGUAAAAUUUGUGAUGAAACCUUUUCUCGAAAAAAUUCUUUCAUGAUACACGUGAGAACUCACACGGUCAAGAAACCUUUCACAUGUUCAACCUGUGGAAAAGAUUACCCUCACAAGAGUCGUUUAAUUGAUCACAUGAGAAUUCAUACAGGUGAAAAACCUUUCACAUGUACAGCUUGUGGAAAAAGUUUCCGGACGAAACCUGACUUGGUUAGUCACAUCAGAGUUCACACAGGUGAGAAGCCAUUCUCAUGUGGAAACUGUGGAAAAAGUUUCCAGAGGAAACAUGACUUGGUUCGUCACAUCAGAGUUCACACAGGUGAGAAGCCAUUCUCAUGUGGAAACUGUGGAAAAAGUUUCCGGAGAAAACCUACCUUGGUUCGUCACAUCAGAGUUCACACAGGUGAGAAGCCUUUCUCAUGUGGGACCUGUGGAAAACGUUGUUCUCACAAAAGUCGUUUAAUUGAACACAUGAGAAUUCAUACAAGUGAAAAACCUUUCACAUGUGCAGCUUGUGGAAAAAGAUUCCAUCUCAGUGGCACUUUAAACAGACACAUGAGAACUCACUCAGGUGAGAAGCCUUACAAGUGCACAACCUGUGGAAAAAGUUUUGUGUCUAAAUCUCACUUAGUUGAUCACAUGACGAUUCAUACAGGUGAGAAGCCUUUCUCAUGUGGAAACUGUGGAAAAAGUUUCCGGAGGAAACCUGACUUGGUCCGUCACAUCAGAAUUCACACAGGUGAGAAGCCAUUCUCUUGUGGGACCUGUGGAAAAAGUUUCACUCUUAAAAAAAAUUUACCUGCUCACAUGAGAACUCACACAGGUGAAAAACCUUUCUCAUGUGAAACCUGUGGAAAAAAUUUCACUCAUAAAAAAAAUGUAAAUAUUCACAUGAGAAUUCACACUGCUGAGAAGCCUUUCUCAUGCAAGAUCUGUGGAAAAAGUUUCCGGUGGAAACCUGACUUGGUUCGUCACAUGAGAAUUCACACAGGUGAGGAGCCAUUCUCAUGUGGGACCUGUGGAAAAAGUUUCACACUUAAAAAAAGUUUAACUGCUCACAUGAGAAUUCACACAGGUGAGAAGCCUUUCUCAUGUGGGACCUGUGGAAAACGUUGUGCUCACAAGAGUCAUUUAAUUGAACACAUGAGAAUUCAUACAAGUGAAAAACCUUUCACGUGUGCAGCUUGUGGAAAAAGUUUCCAUCACAGUGGCACUUUAAACAGACAUAUGAGAGCUCACUCAGGUGAGAAGCCUUACAAGUGCACAACCUGUGGAAAAAGUUUUGUGUCUAAAUCGUACUUAGUUGAUCACAUGACGAUUCAUACAGGUGAGAAGCCUUUCUCAUGUGGAAACUGUGGAAAAAGUUUCCGGAGGAAACCUGACUUGGUCCGUCACAUCAGAAUUCACACAGGUGAGAAGCCAUUCUCUUGUGAGACCUGUGGAAAAAGUUUCACUCUUAAAAAAAGUUUACCUGCUCACAUGAGAACUCACACAGGUGAAAAACCUUUCUCAUGCAGAUACAAGCAUAUCGGGCUUGAAGGAAUCCUCAGCAGAACCUCACGAUCCAACACUGUGCUGGCGCACGCCAAGAUGGCCACCAGCCACCACCUGUAA